AUGCCCCAGAGCGCUGAGGCACUCCAGCCUUUUACCAAGAUCGGACUGUGGUUUGCGGUGAGCUUUCCCUCAGGCCGCCGCGCAGCGGUUCGGUGCAGGCCUCAUACUCUGCUGUCUGGUCAGAGUGAAGGAGAACGAUGCAGAAGGACUGGCCCACUAGUGCCUAUACAUUGGAUUGGCUUUGGCUAUGCGGCGCUGGUUGCUUCUGGUGGGAUCAUUGGCUAUGCGAAAGCAGGUAGUGUCCCAUCACUGGCUGCUGGGCUGUUUUUUGGUAGUUUAGCAGGCCUGGGUGCUUAUCAGCUGUCUCAAGAUCCGAGGAACAUUUGGGUUUUCCUAGCUACCUCUGGAACCCUGGCUGGCAUUAUGGGAAUGAGGUUCUACCACUCUGGAAAAUUUAUGCCUGCGGGCUUAAUCGCAGGUGCCAGUUUGCUGAUGGUCGCCAAACUUGGAAUUAGUGUGUUGAAUAAACCCCAUCAGUAGUACCUAUGUCCCAGCUUGGACUCAUGAAGAAUUUUAAAACUUCUACUAUUUUUAGUGUAUUAAGAGAAACAAGUAUUCUGACAUUUUACUUAAAACAAAAAAAUAACAUUGAACUUCCAGGAGAAGAAAUCAGUCAUUAUCAUUACAACCUUAAAGAGGUGGGUGGUAUGUAACCUGAGAGCUUCUUCUUAUACUCUCAUAAAGUUUGAUUCUUAUACAUGA